CUUCAAGUGUACAGAACGUAACUGGGCACAUGCACAAGCGGCUCGCUGCACAAGCAUGAAAAUUUGAUUUGAAAAAUCAUCGAAGAAAGAAAUGUUGAAUGCAUUGCGGCGCAAAUUUCGCUUGGGAAUGCAGCGUACGGUUUUGAUUGCAGUGCUGCUGGCGGUGGGCCUCUUCAGCUAUGCCUUCCUAAAUCUAUCCUUUUGCUUUAAGCUAAUGUCGCACAGAAGUCUCACGCACAUGUGCCAGAAGUAUGAGCAGCAUGAGUACAGCGGCUCAUUGUGCGAGGAGCUGUGCAGCAGUCAAUCGAACUUUGACAAUUUUCAGUGUCCGCUGAACGAUAUGAAGACUAUAUUGUUUACGGCGGAGAAGAACGGCGACAUGUAUGCCGUCAAGAUGGCCAAGCAUAACGAUGACGAUCUGAGCUGGACAAACAACAAGGGCGAGAGUAUUUAUCCCAAAAUUGAGGAAUUUCACGAGAUUGUCAAACUGCAUAUCAUACUGGCCUACAAUGUUACCUUGGAUGACAAUAUGGUGCGCGCCUUGGUCAAUCAGGAGAUCGCCGAUAAUAAUUCGCAGCAGAUGGUAAGCUUUUGGCGUUUGUUCAAGGACAACAACUACAUGAUGGGCAAGCUCUUCGAUGAGGAAUCUGUUUUCCCAGCCGUGUUGGGCUCUUGUGGUCCCUACUACGCCACCGAGGGUCUACAGAUAGUGCAAUCCACGCCCGGAAUUUUGCAGUAUAUCGCUUCGAAUCGGCAGCAGCGCUUGAAGCACGCUCUCAACAUCAUGGAGUACAUAUUCAGACUGGAGGAAAUGAAGCCGGAGCCGCUGCGCAUGUGUAAAAUGCAAGUGAAUCGCUUUGGCCUUACCCCCGAUAGACGCCUCAAGUAUCAAAGCGCCGAGCAUGUCUAUGUGGAGAGUCAGCUGGACAAACGCAUAUCCAAUGGUGCCAAGUGCAAGAGUGACCAGGACUGCAACUAUUAUGCCUGUCGUGGUCUUUGUGCUGCCGAUCGUCAGGCCUGCACGCAUGUGCAACAAAACAACAAUUUCCAAGUGUUCUGCGAGCAAAUACUAGUGGGCAGCGGGACUUUCCAGCCUGGACUGCUCAGUGGCAUACGCCUGCCCAAGUCGCUGCAGAAGCUGGUGAAGAUGUGUGUGCAGCCGCCGAAGGAGCAUCAGCUGCCCGGACGCAGUCAGGCGCCCAGUCUGCAGCUGGCUUUGAGGCUCUAUAAUGAGUUGAAGCAGCUGCUGCAGGCUGUUAUAGUUGCCUCGGGAGACUCUGACUCCGAGGAUGAAGUUGAAGGUGAAAGUCCACGCUUUAGUGGGCGUGGCGGCGCUUAGAUGUCUGGGCACAGUAAUUGUAGUUGAAUUGAUAACUUGCUCAAUAAUUGGUAGCAUUUUUUACAGAAAUUAGUUUUAACGAAUUGAAAAUUAUAUGAACACAA